GACCAUAUCCUGCAUUUUUCUGGAGUAUACAGUAGGGGGACAGGUUACGCCGGCGCCUCCGCGCACAGCGCUGUCAAGUAGGAGACGAAAGGAUCUCCAGCGUGCCCUUAGGAGACAAGUCCUUGCAAGCACAUACCUGAAUCUGGAGCUUGCAAAAUAAAGAAUAACAGAUAUGGAGAAUCUGUUAGAUAAUCCCAUGAAAGCCGUGCUCUAUUUGAAAGAGCUAACCACCAUUGUACAGAACCAGCAAAGUCUGAUUCAGACGCAAAGACAGCGGAUUGACGAACUAGAGCGGAAGGUGGAGGAACUGAUCGGCGAAAACCACCAGCUAAAGGAGCCGCUGAAACCGCCUCAGUAUCACCAUCAGCACCAACACGCUUCGCCGCCGAGCAGCAGCCCGCAGCCUCCCGUCCCGCUGCAUCGUCAUCCUGCGAAUAAAGCCGGCACCGCUACCGGCCACGGCCAGCCUACGCAGCAGCAAACUCCUCUGCUCACAGGGACGCAGCAUCCACCUCCGCCGGCUCACCAGCAGCAGCAGCAGCAGCUCCAGCUCCUACCGACGUCCCCACAAGCCGAGCGGUCCAGCCCCCAGUCCGUGGAGGACUUUAAGAAAAGCCCUUGUUGCAGGUCCUUGGUCUCCCAGUUACCUUCAUCGCUCUGCAGGACGGUGGGACUCGCUGGAAAGGCAGAGAACCAGACCGUCCUCCACCAGUUCUGUUGCCCUGCUCCUGACGCGCCUGAAGCAGAACCUCCCAGCUCUACCCGUGACUCCCAUCCCCCAAGCUGUGCUGUGGGUGCCAAACAUGGUGGACUGGUGCAGGAGAGCCAGGAGGAGAAGCGGCAGGAACUGGGGGCCAAAGGGCGGAGAGGGAGCCACAGAGUCAUGGGGCCGAAAGCCAGCUUGCACCACAUCACAUCCCCCAGAAGGGGGCACUCCCAUGCUACUGACUACCAGCUCUCGCUCGACCUCAAAAACAAGCAGAUUGAAAUGUUAGAGCACAAAUAUGGCGGACAUCUCAUCUCGCGCCGGGCCGCCUGCAAAAUCCAGACUGCCUUCCGCCAGUACCAGCUGAGCAAGAACUUCGAGAAGAUACGCAACUCCUUGUUGGAGAGCCGCCUUCCACGGCGCAUCUCCAUGCGCAAGGUUCGCGUGCAGAACGCCGAGGGCUUCUCGGCCGAGAAGGCCAUGGUGGAGGGAUACAAUUUGGUGGGCAUGCCCUUGGUGCCCACCACCGUCAGCGGCACCCUGACCGACCUGGAGGACUCCUUCACAGAGCAGGUGCAGUCGCUGGCCAAGUCCAUCGAUGAUGCCCUCAGCAACUGGAGCCAGAAGACCGUGUGCUCCAUGCAGGAUGGAGGGAGGUACCAGUUUACUGAGACCUUCAGCCAGAGUUCAUCAGGGGUCGGGGGAGGAGAUCCAGAAAGGGAUUCUGCUUCCCCUCAGGAGGGAACCCAGGAGGACAGUGUGGGGAGUGUGCCUCGUAGUACCAGCAAGCUGAUGAUGGCUUUCCGUGAUGUAACAGUGCAGAUUGACAACCAGAACUUCCAUGUGUCAUCUUCUGUGAUGGAGUCCACCUCCGUCUCCCUGGCUAACUGUGUCCAACAGCAAGGGGCUGAGAAAACCAAAAUGUCUCCUGAGGGAGACCAGGUCCAUAAAGAUGGCGAGGUCCUAGACCUACUGUCACACAAUGAAUUCCCUACCCCCCCUCCCUGUGAAGAAGAAUCACUGGCUCUGGAGAAGCUUGAGGAUCUGAAGCUGGGGGAGAAGGAGGGAACAGAAGUGGACAUGGCUACUGAAGCUGGUCCGGAACCACUGGAGGUCAAGCGGAGCGAGUCGGACGUGGCGGACAACAGCUCCGAGCAGAUGAGCAGCAGCAGCACCUCCACCUCCGCCAGGUCCACCUCUGAUGUCUCCUCCAAGGAGGCCCUGCAGGCCAUGAUCCUCAGCCUGCCCCGCCUCCACUGCGAGAACCCUGCCGUCUGCAAGUCCCCCACUCUCUCCACCGACGUCAUGCGCAAGCGACUCUACAGGAUCGGCCUCAACCUCUUCAACCUGAAUCCCGACCGAGGCAUCCAGUUUCUCAUCGCUCGGGGCUUCAUCCCAGACACCCCCAUCGGUGUGGCUCAUUUCCUGCUGCAGCGGAAGGGGCUGAGCCGCCAGAUGAUCGGCGAGUUCCUGGGCAACAGCAAGAAGCAGUUCAACAAGGAUAUUCUGGACUGCGUGGUGGAUGAGAUGGAUUUCUCGGGGAUGGAGCUGGACGAGGCCUUGAGGAAGUUCCAGGCACACAUCCGGGUGCAGGGCGAGGCCCAGAAGGUGGAGCGGCUCGUCGAGGCCUUCAGCCAGCGCUACUGCAUGUGCAACUCAGAUGUGGUGCAGAAAUUCCACAAUCCGGACACCAUCUUCAUCCUGGCCUUUGCCAUCAUCCUCCUCAACACUGACAUGUACAGCCCCAGCGUCAAAGCCGACCGCAAGAUGCUGCUGGAGGACUUCAUACGCAACCUCCGAGGUGUGGAUGACGGCGUGGACAUCCCCCGUGACAUGGUGGCCGGCAUCUACGAGCGCAUUCAGCAGAGAGAGCUGCGCUCCAACGAGGACCAUGUGACCUACGUCACCAAGGUGGAGCAGUCCAUCCUGGGCAUGAAGACGGUGCUGUCAGUGCCUCAUCGGAGGCUGGUGUGCUGCAGUCGGCUUUUCGAGGUGACGGACAUCAACAAGGCGCAGAAACAAGCUGCUCACCAGAGGGAGGUUUUCCUCUUCAAUGACCUCAUUGUGAUCCUGAAGCUCAGUCCAAAGAAGCGGAGCUCUGCCACCUACACUUUUUGUAGGGCCCUGGGCCUCUUGGGGAUGCAGUACCACCUGUUUGAGAAUGAGUACCACCUCCAUGGCAUCACUAUCGUGUCUCCUUGCCACGGGUCAGAGAAGAAGCAGGUGCUCAACUUCUGUGGGCAGAGUGCGGAGGAGCUGCAGAAGUUCGUGGAGGACCUGAAGGAGUCCAUCGCAGAGGUGCAUGAGAUGGAGCAGAUCCAGACUGAGUGGGAGCCAGAGAGACAGCAUGAAGCCAGGAAUCAUUCCACUAAAAAUGGAACACAGCUGGAGAUCCAAGCCCAGCAGGCUUCACCUCUAGGCAAGCGGGAUCUUGAAGGGAGAAAUGGGAGCAGCUCAGAGGUGUCAAUUCACAACAGGCUUCAAACGUGCCAGUUCAAUAUGUCCAGGAGCCCAGAGAGUGGAUCUUACCCGGCCGCCCUUCAUAACCACCAGGGGGAGCUCUGCUGCCCACAGCUCCAGUCAGGGGCAACGACCCCGGUCCACAGGUCCACCGUCAACAACCUGCCCCCGGAGACGCUCAUCCAGUGCCAGCAGAUCGUCAAGGUGAUCGUCCUGGACCAGGCUGGGCGGGGUCACCCGGAGGCCUUCCUCAGCCGGACACCUUCACCGCUGCUUGUCUGCUCCGCUUACUCCACGCCAGCACGCUCACCAGAGGUGGGAAACAGGACCACACCCUCCAAAAAUGCCUCGCAGCCUCCUCUGCCCCCGCCGCCUCCUCCCUACAACCACCCCCACCAGUACUGCCCCCCCGAGCCCCAGCUGAACCAGCGGAGAUACUCAGAGGGUUACAGUAGCCUCAUGUGAAUAACCUGUGUGUCACGUACAGCCAAUAUGUAAACACACAGGGUGGACUGAGGGCGCCGUCGGAAACAUGGGAAAGCACGGGAAAUCACGCGUGUCUGUAAAUCAUGCGUUUUGAAAAACAAAGAAUAGUUUUAAUAAAAUUCUAUACUAUUUUGCCUGUUUGCUCAAAAAAAAUUAAAUGACUUAUUUGGCAUUUUUUGUUAACUUUUUUCAGAGAUCGAUGUGAGAAUGUGGGUUGGUUUUUUUUUGGACAGAUGCCCUGAGGGUUUCUUGAAUAACUGGAAACCCUCCAUUCUCCUCCUCUGGGAAUAGCUGGAAAUGCACAUGGUUUGGUACCAUCACACCUCUAAGCACCUCAGCAAAGCACCAAAAUAAGGUCAGAUCCACAACCCUGUAAAUCAAUGGCCUCCAUUUGUGUUAGUGCCAUGGUUACAAGCACUAUAGAGCGAGAACCAACCAGCACUGAACUGUUUAUAAAAAAAGCAACAGUUGCUCUCUUUGAUUUGUGCUCAUUUCACAAACUUUGGAAGAGUCUCUGGAAACUGGAAGCGUUGAUAUGAACUCACCGCCCAACCGGAAGCAUCUCAAAAUUAUGUAAACACAUGUCAUCAGCAUCAUAUGAUAUGUUAGAUUCUCAUUUAAAAGUGAGUGAAGUCUGUCUACAUUGAAAUUGUUCACGUACAAGCUUUGAAAUGAUGGAAAAUACUUCAGUGUGCCAAUUGCAAAAAAACACACACUUAUGGAGAAUUUGCAAGUUAAAGAUUCAGAGGAAUUACUUGUCUGUGUUUGUUUGUUUCCAAGUAGCAGCACAGUUUUACAGAAUGGGGAUUAUCUGUGUAUCUCCGCAGAGGUUUCUAAUGUACUGCUAUUUACUGAAGAUAUCUCCUGUGUCUAAGUGUGAUAGCUUGGUUAGUCUACGUCACAGAAAACAGAUUGCCCACCAUAUUUUAUAAGUGCAUAAAAAUAGUAAAUAAGAGAAUAUGCCUAAUCUUUUAAUUCCGAUAAAAGUAGAGGAGUAUCAUACUUCUGGAAAAACCAUAAGCUCGUGUUGGACUGAGGCCGUUUUGUGCGGCACGGGACAAACGCCAAGCCAUGUGACCUGAAUGGCCUGUGUUUAAGCGCGGCAUUUGGGCGCAUUUUGCUGGCUGUGUACCACGCUUUGCACCUUGUUUUCCAGGCUCAUGAUUACACUCCCAGCCUGUCCACCUGCUUCACCGCUGAUGCAUCUUUGUUUACGCUUCCGAAAGCGAUGAAAACACCGUUUAUUCAGCUGCAGGUCUGAACACGUCUUGGGGUUACCUUGAGAUAUAUAUUUGAGCUAUUUUUUAUUUAUUUUUUUGCUGGAUUUUGUAGACAAAGAUAUGUGCCAAAUCUCCAGGUCCAAGAAGAAUAUUUAAUCACUUCAAAUCCAUUACACUGGGCUCUGGCUCUUACGUGAGUAGUAGUUAUUGUUUUAGACAGUGUACAUAUGUUUUAUUGCAAUAAGUGUCCAACAGCGAUACAGGACUAUACAUUUUAAAAGCAGAAUUAUUAAAAUGAUGUUCCAGCAGAUUUUUCAGUCUGCUAUACUUUUUUAAACAUUUCCCCAUUAACUGAGUAUGGAUUGUAAUUUAACAGCUAUCUGAAAUCCAAUAAUCCAGGGGCAAUAAUCCAGGGAUUGCUUGUAAAAAGCUUGUCUUUCAGAAACAGUGGAAAGAAUAUGCUGGUGAAUGUGCAGAUGGUCUUGGCCUCACUCCCUAUAAGCACCGCCUCUGUCGUGGGCCUCAUUCCCUCUUCAUCAUGAGUUUAGCUAUUGCUAAGCCAGAAGGUGGUAAUCUGUUAAUCCUAUGGAAGAUGCAAGGUGCACAGUUUUUACUAGCCAUUUGGUUGUGUAUCUGAUGCAGUGAUAUUUGAACAUUCUGGUUACAGAAUAUCUAUCAUCAUACUUUCCUAGAAUGACACCAAUAAAACGUUACUUGCCUAUUGUUCUCUUUUAUUACUCUGCAAUACUCAUAAUUCAAUAACUAGCAUUGAAUUGAGAAUAUGUUUCAUGCUGAUUAUCAAAUACAAAUCAGUACUCAAUCGUUCAUUCAAUAUUUUCUUUUUCCAUGUCCAUUAAAAUUUGUGUGUCAGCUGUAGCUAAUUUUGUAAUAGUUUAGAAAAGCUUCAGUUAGUACAAACAGCAGAAUUCACUGGGAUUUUCAGGGUAUACGCUUCAAAUUGUGACUCUCUAAAGGCAUAAUUCCAGUUUUAAAAAAUGCUGUGGAGCAGAUUGCAAAGGGCAAAGGUCUCCAAACAGAAGACAAAGAUGGCUUUAGAUAUGUUUAGAUGAUCUUGAAAAGUCCUGGAGAUGAAUGACCUGUACUUAGCAGAAGCACUAAUAGAAUACAAUAUAUAUUUUUAGUAAGUACAGAAGAUGAACCCAAAUGAAAGUGCACCUCGGCCCACCAUAACACGGGGCUUGGGGUCCUUCCUGCUUCUACUCCGUUUUGUCCACUGCAGACCUUGAAGCAGGCAGUUAUUUUGAGGUUCUUUGGGGGACAAAAGUAAACACACCAUCUUUGGCUAAGCAAGGGUGGUCUCUGUGACAUACAAACAGGAUCCCAUCCAUAGAAUACCAUUUUUGGACAUGGACAUCAUUUCAGUACAUGCCCUUCAUUUCAGGACAUGCACAUUAAUUUCAGUACCUGCCCUUCAUUUCAGUAUAAGCCCUUCAUUUCUGGAAUGCACAUCAUUUCAGUACAUGCCCUUCAUUUUAGGAUGUACAUAAUUGCAGUAUGUGCCAUUCAUUCUAGUACAUACACACAAUUUCAGGACUUGCUGUUCAUUUCGAUAUGUGCAUUUCACUUUAAAAUGUGGUCAUGCUCACUGAGAACUGCUAAUUUAUACCAGUCCAGUAAAACUAGGACAUUUGCCUCUGUAUAUGAAAGACAAGAUCAAAUAUGCAUUAUGGAAAAUAAAAUUUGCUAUUGUAUUAUAUUUUGUAUUUCAUAUAGUUUAUAUUUAAUAGAUUGCAAAAUAAAUGACUGCCAUGAGUGAA